CCGUCUUCCAUUUGACACCUCUGUCAGUUUAAUUUCAAGAUCUCCAUCUCAUAAAACCCUAGCUCUGCUUCAAUCGAUCAUCCUCUGGUAAAUUCUCUCAAUUCAUACACAUUUCUUACUACAGAUUCUUCUUCAUAAUCAUUGCAGUUUAGAUUCGAUCCACUAGGUAGUAUGCUGCACGUACCGACGACGAUUGAGGAACAGUUGAUUUUGAGAGCAAUUAAGGAAGAAUGUUCAUGGGAGAAUCUCCCAAAGCGGCUGCAGUCCACUUUGAGUUCCAAGGAUGAAUGGCAUAGAAGGAUAACUGAACAUUGCAUAAAGAAAAGGCUCCAGUGGAGCUCAUCUUUUGUCCGUAAAGUAUGCAGAGAAGCAGAGUAUUAUGAGGACAUGAUGCGUUAUCUUCGAAGGAACUUAGCUCUGUUUCCUUAUCACCUUGCUGAUUAUGUUUGCCGUGUCAUGAGGAUUUCUCCAUUCAGAUACUACUGUGAUAUGAUAUUUGAAGUCAUGAAAAAUGAGCAACCGUACGAUAGCAUACCGAAUUUCAGCGCGGCGGAUGCCCUUCGACUCACUGGUAUUGGCAGAAAUGAAUUCAUUGAUAUCAUGAACAAAUGUAGAUCUAAGAAAAUUAUGUGGAAGCUGAACAAGUCCAUCGCCAAGGAAUCGUUGCCCACACAUCCCGUGGACUUUGCAAUCGAACCAUGGUGGGGAGUUUGUCUUGUCAACUUUACUUUGGAAGAAUUUAAGAAACUUUCAGAAGAAGAAGGAGCAACGAUUGACAAGAUAUGUAAAGAAGAAGCAAAUGCGUAUAUACUUUUUGACCCUGUUGUCAUCAAGGGUCUUUAUAGACGAGGACUAGUCUACUUUGAUGUACCUGUUUACGCUGAUGACCGUUUUAAAGUAUCCAGGCUAGAAGGCUUUGUUUCCAACCGAGAACAGUCGUAUGAAGAUCCCAUUGAGGAGCUGCUUUAUGCUGUUUUUGUGGUUUCAAGUGAGAACUCAACUGUUGCUGAGCUGGCAACAACAUUACAGGCAGAACUCUCUCAAUUACAGGCUGCUGCAUCUUUUGCUUGUAGACUAGGGUGGGCAGUCAAACUAAUUGACCCGGGAUCUGUUCUUCUAGAUCAAACUUCUAAUGUUCUCAAUGAUGAUGAAGACGGUUCUCUUGCUACUGGAAACACGUCGCUUGAUCCCGGUUUAUUUCAACAAGAUAGUUUAGGGCCAAGCUCUGCUUAUGCGCGUGUGGCAUUUGUGGUUGAUGCUAACAUAACAUCGUACCUUAUGAUGGGCUCUGUUUCACCUGGCUUAAAAUCUCAUGCAGUAACACUGUAUGAAGCUGGAAAACUAGGGCAUGCUAGCAUUGAAGAUCUUUGCAAUGAUCUAAGCACAUUAGAAGGAGCAAAGUUUGAAGGAGAGCUACAGGAAUUUGCCAAUCAUGCCUUUAGCCUUCGGGUUGUUCUAAAAUGUUUAACAUCUGGAGGACUCUCUCCAGAUGAGUUGGACACACCUGCCGUUAAUUCUUCCAACAAUGAAGAGGUGGCUGACAUGUCACUAAAGCAAGAGUCCGAUCCUGCUGGCUCGGGCCCACUUGCUAAUGAUUCCGAUACCGCAAAUGGAACUACCAUUGAUGUUGAAAAGGUUAUUCAAAAGAAAGUGAGGCAAUACCGUGUGGAUAUUCUGCGGUGUGAAAGUUUGGCUAAUCUUCCACCAACAACACUAGAGAGUUUGUUUAAACGUGACUAUGAUAUUAUCGUGUCAAUGGUUCCUCUUCCUGUUUCUUCUUUUCUACCGGGCCCCAAAGGCCCGGUUCACUUCGGCCCACCUUCACAUUCCUCCAUGUCACCAUGGAUGAAUUUGGUAUUAUACUCAGCUGUCGGGUGUGGGCCUGUUUCAGUUGUCUUAAUGAAAGGUCAAUGUUUAAGAUUGCUUCCUGCACCCUUGGCGGGUUGUGAGAAAGCCCUUGUAUGGUCAUGGGACGGGUCUACGGUUGCAGGUUUAGGGUCCAAGUUUCAAGGGAAUUUAGUCAAAGGGAAUAUUCUGUUACAUUGUAUAAAUUCACUUCUUAAACACACCGCCAUUUUUGUACAGCCAUUUAGUAGGUUUGACGUUAACGAGUCUGGAAAAUUGAACACCAUUGAUAUUCCUCUUCCAUUAAAGAACUCGGAUGGUUUGUUUGCUGGUAUAGAGAAGGAAGCAUUAGGUUUAGAGCUAACCACCAAUGAACUUUCGAAACUGAACUCUUUAUUGAGUAAUUUGGCGGAUAAGUUGUCGUUAUGGACUGUCGGUUAUAUUCGUUUGUUGAAGCUUUUUAAAGACGGAAACAAAAACGUGUUUGCGCCAGAUGAUGAUGAUGUGAACUAUGAGUGGGUUCCGUUAUGUGUGGAGUUCGGGAUUCCGUUGUUUAGUCCAAAGUUAUGCAAUUUUAUAUGUCAAAGAGUGGUUUCAUCACAAUUACUUCAAACGGAUUCUUUUACUGAGAAUCGUGAUGCAAUGCAAGAACUGAGACGGAGGUUACAUGAAACAUGUUGUGAGUAUCAGUCAACUGGUUCAAGUGCAAGGAUGCUUUACCAAAGGGAUCGACAUCAACCAAAUACUCAAAAGGGUCAACUUAUGACUUAUGCAAGUCAAAGAUGGAGCCCUCUCACGGAACCCUCUUCUCCUAUCGCUGGAACAAGUGAUUAUCAAAGAUUGAAACUUGCCAACAGGCAACGUUAUCACUCCGAAAUCCUCAGCUUUGAUGGAAACAUCUUAAGAUCAUAUGCCUUGACCCCAGCUUAUGAAGAUGAGACCAAAUUGAAUGAAGAGAGUGGUAAGACAGAAUCAGAUGAUGUCAAGGACACCGGCGAAACCAUGCUGCCAGGUGUCAAUCUUUUGUUUGAUGGAUCCGAGUUGCGUCCUUUUGACAUAGGUGCUUGCCUUCAGGCCCGACAACCCGCAUCUUUAAUCGCUGAGGCUUCAGCAAUGUCUGCUGCAAUUAAAUAGGAGGGGCCCCAUUGUGACAUUUUAGAGGCGAAUUGUGUAUACCCUUAACAAGAGUUUCUUUUUGUUGAUGAGGGAGGAAAUUCAUCUUCUUGUCCUUCAUGCUUCUUAAGCUAUAUCUCCGGUUUGUAUCAAGUGAACGAAGACCUUAAGCCGGCUGUUGUUUUACCACAUUAAAAAUCUCGAAAUCUAAAGUACAAGUCGCUAUACUGUUAUUAACUGAAGGUUCUGUUUACACAUACUUGAGGGGUGCACCCCAAAAUUGUAUUUGCUUAUUGCAGAGUGUUAUGGGGAAUAUGAGAGUGGAUUGAUUUGUGAGAACAGGGAUAAACUUGGUCUAUUUUGAUUAUCUUUAUGUAUAAGUCGAACAAUCAUCAUGAUGAACAUUGAUUCGGAUCCCCCUUUUGUGCUGUGUGUAUCAUUACUGUUUUAAGUAAUGUUUUUGAGUUCAAUGAAGAAAUGCUUUUGUUCAAAA